CCAGUAGAACCCCCUGCAAAAAUGAUUUCAUUGGUUUGAAUUCUCACACACACUUCUGACACACUCACCUUCCGACCUGCAAAAAUGUUGUCACCGGAAAACCACUUCCUCCCCUUUCUCCUCCUUCUCCUCCUCCUCCACAACACCACUGCCACCACCGCCACUUCUUCCCUCACAACAUUAAUCUAUAAAGGCUGUGCCAACCAAAACUUCCAAAACCCAUUUUCAUCAGAAGACCUCAAAACCCUUUUCGCAGCUCUCAUUACCGAAUCUUCUUUAGCCCAUUUCUACAAAACCACUUAUUCAACAGUCACCGGCCUAUUUCAGUGCCGCGGCGACCUUUCACUUUCCGACUGCAACUCCUGUGUCAAAACACUCCCCGGAAGUAUCCAAAAACUAUGUAACCCGGACACCCAAGCUGCCCGGGCCCACCUUGUUGGUUGUUACAUGAGGUACGAGGUUGUUGGGUUUCCACAGGUUCCGUCAACCGAGAUGUUGUAUAAGAAAUGUGGGUCGAGUCGGGUCGUGGAUGAUGGGCCGGGUUUUGAUGAGAAGCUUGAUGGGGCUUUUGGGUUGAUGGUUAAAGGGGUUAGUAACGGGAAAGGUUAUUUUGCUGGUGGGUAUGAGAAUGUUUAUAUUUUGGGUCAGUGUGAAGGGGAUUUAGGUGGUGGUGAGUGUGUGAAUUGCGUGAAAAGUGCGACGGAUAUGGGCCGGAAUGCUUGCCGGAGAUCAGUUUCCGGUCAUGUUUUUCUACAGCAGUGUUAUGUUAGCUAUACUUAUUACCCGGAUGGUGUCCCCGGAUCCGUUACAGGUGGCAAUGUUGGUAGUGUGGAGCCUGGAGGGGGUGUUGGUGGUGUGGAGACUCAGACAGGGGAGGUGGAUGGUGGUGGUGGACGGGGCAAGAAUGAUACACAAAAAACGGUGGCCAUAGUUUUCGGUGGGUUAGCGGGUUUGGGCUUGGUGGUUGCUUUGUUAUUGGUGGUUAAAUCAAAUUUUAGAAAGAAAAAAGAGCACUACAGUUAUGGAGUGCAGGUCACUGAAGAAUGUAAAGACAAAAAGCAAGGAAAGUAAAAGAGGGGAAAUUUCUCUGCUUUCCUUUUGUUUUGGUCUGUGGGUCUAGCAACUCGAAGAAUACUUCCUUCACCUCCAAGUUUAGUUGCUUUUUUAGGUUCUAAUCAAUCAACAAUAGUGCUUAUGUACAUAUAACAUAUAUCUACAUAUAAUUUGUCUAAUGAUCUAAUUACAUGAAUGGAGAUUCUAAGGUUAGUAACAA